GAAUUCAUUCACCCGGUUAUAAUUAAGGAACGUCGAUGGUAAGCUGAGAGCUUAUAUCUGUGACGUCAUAAUGGCGGCAGUGGGUUCAGAGAACCUAAUGUUUGAUCAGAGUUUUAUUAGAGUUAAAUAUGGCCAUGAUAAAGAAGCUAUAUUCAACCCCUGGUGUUCAACCUACACAUUAUUAGAAUAUAUCAGAAGAACGUGUGAUUGCGACCAGGAAUAUGUAAUAGAUCUAGUAGAUCAGCAAGGUCACGUGAGAAAUCUAUCUACCGGGACGGAGGAAUAUGCUAAUGAGCUGGUAUCAGCACGAGAAACUUAUGUUUUAGUAAGAAUUGAAAGGGACGGUGAAAUGGGAUCUAAUAAAUAUAUACCAUUACUGGAUAAUCUAGACAAGUUUAAUCCCGAAUUACUAGUAAAGCUGAAUAAUUUAUCACGUCCAUCAACUAGAAAGAAAGAUAAAUACAAGAAAAACCAACGUGCGACUAAAGGCUCGCCUGGUACGAAACGUCCCAGCAGUUCGGAACAAAGAGCCAAACAAAAAUAAACUGUUAAACCGACAGCAAGUGUCGGACAUAUAGAAUUCUGUUGAUCUUUUGUACGCAUUAGUUUCCAAUGGUACGCAGUGGCGUAUUAUGAUUUUUAGACUUUUUUUGUCCCAAAUAUGUGUCAGAAUGCACCAAAGCAAUUUUCGUUUGGAGAGCCUUUCCGGACCCUCCAUGCCAGGAUUGUGCUUCCGUAUUUGAAUCUUAAUCCCUACAGGUUGUCCCCCAUUAAGUCAUUCUGUCCUCUAUUUGUACCCUAGUUGCAACAGGAAGGCGCCGCCACUGAUACUACGGCAGCGAUCAUCGUCUUUUCAACAUGUUCAAAAUUAUUUUAUAAUUCUAUCGUAUUCCAGUUAGCAUAUUAUCCAUGAUGUUACGUGAUCCUCAAACCGACCAAUUAUUAUGCUGCCAUCAAGCCAGUUUUCUUUUGUACUUAUGAACACAUGUACUAAACGAUGAAUACGGGCCAUACUUCAUGUACUGAAAACGUUGUUUUGAUUCGUUAAAAUUGGUUGCUUUAUACAAAUCUAUUUAGAUAAAUCAACUAUAAUCCCAUCUAUUUAUUCAUGAUGGGGCGUGGCCUAACGUUGAUGUGCAACGGCCUUCAUUAUGUAACAUUUUAUAAUUAAAGAAUUAAUCAAUACCUUC